AUGAAAUAUCCCAUUUUUUAUAGUGUUUUGUGUUCUCAAAUUACAAAUUCGGAGCAAAAUAAAUAUCUAUAAAGUAACUUUAGCCAUUAAGAUAAUCAAGUCAGGUUUUACAUGUAUUAACACGACCUAAACAUGCAAAAUGUAUGUCAGUUACCUUGAAAUAUUCGUUGUCAUAGGAAACACUGAAUAUCUAUUUGAGGCUAAAGGUGAACUUACUAAACAUCAGAAAACACACCCACCGCACACCAUGGGGACAGUUAUACCAAAAGAGCAAUCGAGCUGCAGGGAGAUGCUGCUGAUUCUGGUGGUUCUGGUCCACCGCAUCGUUACGUCUGCGGCCUGUCUGCAGUGUGAACGCUCCAUCAAGACCAUGCAUGAGGACUACAUCCUGUCUGCUUCCUCCGUGGAACAACAAAUUAUGUUCCAAAUGAUUUCCGAUCAAGCCUUUGUGACAUACAGGGAAACAAGUCAGAGUCGAAAGGGAGUCAUUGAUCCAACCACGUUGUACAGAGCCAAAACUGAGUACCAGAGUGAAUUUCACCGCUUCUUGAACGCUCCUCAUAUUGAGUCUCUAAGACACGAAACCAUUCAGAUCAUGGAGAAAGGCAGGAAGAUCUUGGAGAAACACUUGGAAGCUUUCAUCCCUAAUGAGCUUUGCCCCAACAAGUGUGGGCUUCUCAAUAGAAGAGUCAUGGAUUGUGUCUCUUGCAAGUACAAGACGCACAUCUGUCCAGCUGUGUCAGGCCAGCUGGACUGUGACGUGCAUCCGGUGCAGGCAGAGGAGGGAGGCCAAGCGGUACUGAACUGCUUCCUUCCAUGGCAUCGUUUCCUUCUGGGAAAGCCAGAGUACCACUACUCCAGGGCUACUGGAGAGCUAGACACCAAAAAGCUGACUGAAAAGGAUUUCCAGCCCUUGGUGGUGACACAAGACGCGUCUAUAGUCCUGAAUCAGCUUCAUUUGGAUGAACAAGGAACAUAUCGCUGCUCUCUGCAAGAUGAAAAUGGAGCCGUCUACUAUCGAGCUUCUUUCCAGCUCACAGUCAAGCCUUUGCCUCUUCAGACCCACCAACCCUUCGUCACUCUGCCCCCACUGGCUCAUGACGUCUACUCUCCUACAGAGGACCGGCUUAUGGUACUCAUUGUUGCGGUUACAACACUGAGUCUGGCAGCGAGCGUAGGCCUCAUAGUUCUCCUGAGGAUGAUGAUGAAUCGGCAGAAAGAAGUCAAAGACUUGAGGAUCAAAAAGAAGAACAAACACACAAAGGCCACAGUAUGAUGUACACAGUAAUUACACUUUCACAGGACGGGAAAGGCAUUGAGCAACUCACUUCCGUUUAUAGAUUUUACGCCAUGAUCAAAUAAAUUUUCCAGCAUGAAAAGUCA